AUGGCGCCCGUUGUUGCGCAAUCACACCAUCAUCGCAGCACGACCAAGCUGAACAAGAAGAACUUCAAGUCCCGCCAUGCCACCAAAGGCUCGCUGAAGGAGCAGAGCAAAGGAAAGGUUGACUCCCUCGAGCGCGGAAGCCGAAAAACCCCCCACCAGCAGGUCAUGUCCAAGUUCGACCGCCGCAACCGCGCGAAGCAGAUGCGCCUGAACAAGGACAACGAGCACGCCAAAUCUACCAAUGUAUUCGCUGGAAAGGAUGGCGCACCGAGGGUGGUCGCUAUUAUACCUCUCUGCGCGGACGGUUCUGCCGCCGCAGCGGUUCGCAGUCUGAACUUGAGUCUCGAUAUCGAAGAGGAGAUCCCAGAAGCAGGAUGGACGCGGACAAACGUUGACCGGUUCAAACAGAAGGUGCAAUACUUGGUGGUGCAGAGGGAUCUCUUGGCCACCCUGGACGCCUGCCGUGUUGCAGACUUUGUAGUCUUUGUACUCUCAGCAGAAGAGGAGGUGGACGCCGAGGGCGAAUUGAUAUUGAAAUCGGUCGAGAGCCAGGGUAUCUCAAACACAUUCACAGUGGUACAGGCACUAGACAAGGUUGAGCCUGCGAAACAAAGGCCAUCCGUGGUUGCGUCGUUGAAGUCAUACAUAACCCACUGGCUGCCGUCCACCGAGCGCGUCUACUCCCUCGACAACCGACAAGAGGCCUCGAACCUUGUGCGAUCAUUAUGCACAACAACUACGAAAGGUGUCAGGUGGAGGGACCAGAGGAGCUACAUGUUUAUCGAGGAUAUUUCUUGGUCAGGUGGCAAGUCUGCAAUUGGCGGAGACGGUACGGGCGAGGUCGUCUUGACAGGAGUAGUUCGAGGUCUUGGCUUGAAGGCCGACAGACUGGCCCAAGUUGGCGACUGGGGUGACUUUCAGAUUGACAAGAUUGUUGCGGCGCCCUUAGAGGCGAAGAAGCGGGGUAAAGGAGAGGGCAUGGAGAUCGACGCAGAAGUAGACGAUACUUUGGAGCGCCCUACCGAAGACCAAGAUGACUUGGCGGAUUUGGCACCAGAGGAGACCAUUAUGGACGAUGUCACUAACUAUGCCGCAUCUGUAGCUCCAACAGAACGCAAAGGAGUCCUGCUCGACGAUCACCACUACUUUUCAGAUGAAGAGGAAGAGUACGAAAAAGUGCGGCCAAAGCGUUUACCAAAGGGCACCAGCACAUAUCAGAGCGCGUGGUACCUUGACGACCUGUCUGACUCUGGAUCUGAUCUUGAAGACUUCGACAUGGAAGACGUUCCGGAAGAGGGUCAAAGUCAGGCGGCUCACCCGGCAGAUGGCGUGGAGGGCAUGGACCUCGAUGGUAAGGCAAUGACAGAAGGUGGUCCUUCAGAGUACCCUCAAUCAGAAAUGUUUUUGGAUCCAUCACCGGAAGAUGAGGUCGAACAAAUCGAAGCAUACCGAAAGUCUAGAAAGAACGAAGCGGAUGAGGAUCUUGAAUUCCCGGACGAAAUCGAACUUCAUCCAAACGUGAACGCGCGUGAGCGUCUCAUUCGAUACCGUGGAUUGAAGAGUCUAAAGACUAGUCCCUGGGAGACGGAAGAAGACCGACCAUACGAGCCAGAAGAGUGGCAACGACUGCUUGAGAUUUCGGAUUACAAGCGAACGGCAACAAAAUUUAUGCGUGAAGCAUGGGCUGGUGGCGUCGCGCCCGGCACAAGAGUGAACGUCCACAUUCGCGGUGUCCCAUUGCAGUUCCAAGAAACGUCAUCACGACCACUGGCGAUGUUUUCACUGCUCAGACACGAGCACAAGAGGACGGCAUGCAACUACAGCAUCAAGGUUAGCUCCGACCAUGAGGCUCCGAUCAAGUCCAAGACGGAGUUGAUCGUCCAGUGCGGACCGAGGAGGAUCGUUAUCAACCCUCUCUUCUCUCAAGCAGGCAAUACCCCAAACAAUGUCCAUAAAUUUGACCGCUUUGUGCACCCCGGUCAAGCUGCAAUCGCAACCUUCAUUGGUCCCCUGACAUGGGGUAACGUGCCGCUCCUCUACUUCCAGCGCACCACGCCCGCCUCCGAUGGGCCCUCAAGUACAUCGUCUCUACGUCUUAUCGCAACAGGAACUUCCCUUCCUCCCUCGACAAACCGCAUCGUCGCCAAGCGCAUCAUUCUGACGGGCCACCCUUACAAGAUCAACAAGCGCGUUGUUACUGUGCGCUACAUGUUCUUCCACGACGACGACGUGAGGUGGUUCAAGAGCUUGCCGCUGUGGACUAAACGAGGAAGGUCUGGCUUCAUCAAGGAGAGCUUGGGUACGCAUGGUUACUUCAAGGCUACGUUUGAUGGCAAGAUCAAUCCCAUGGAUGGUGUUGCAGUCAGUCUUUACAAGAGGGUAUGGCCGAGGGUCGCGAGGAUGUGGAAGGGUGAAGCGGCAGAGACUCAGCAGUCGACGCUCUAG